AUGUCUGUAUUUGCGUUUAGUUUUUAUCAAAAUAUUAAUUACAUUACUGCUAGUAUUGGUAUUCGCAAUUUCAUUUUUCAAUGUAAUGUUAAAUUAGCAACUACGAAGCCAUUCAUUGGAAAUAUACACAGUUGGCCACAACUUAUUCUUCCCCGGUGGUUUAUAAGAGACAUUCCAGAGCUAUACGCGUCGCGCUCUCUAACGUCGAUUUAUCGGGUCGACAUUCAUAAUCGCUUUAAAUGGCUUUAUGUCAGGCGGCCAGUAAAUAUGGAGAUUCAACAUCACUCCAGUAUUCAGGUUUAGGUGAAUGGGGAGCUCAACGCUGCGGCCAUGAUGUGGAAUUCAUAAGCUCGAAGAUACCAAACUUGAUAAAUUGUUACAAUAUUAUAUAUUUAACUAGUAUACUUCUAAGAAAUUUGUUGUAUACUUUUUAAUUCAUAAGUUCAGUUUAAACCCAAGCACAAGUAUAUAUUUCUAGACACUUUAUGUUCAUUGAACACUGCCGUUAUAAUUUAUUCGAAAAAUCUGUAGUUAGACCAAUAAACAUUGUCAUUAUU